AUGCCUUCCUUUGCCCCUGCCACUGAUGCACCUCUUUCUAUGGCAUUCAAAAUGAAAAAGGAUAUUGAGCUGGCUUGUCGGCUUGGAGCAAAGGGACGACCUUGGUGUAAAGGGCGCAGUAAAGAGCGCAGUACUAGGAAGGAAGGUAGAUCCCGUGGAUUAGAAUCCACUAGUCGUGUUAGGGUCAUAAUUGGCCGGUUAUGUUAUUGUAAGCAGGUCAGCACCCUUAUUUACUCGUACAACUGUCGGUUUUUGUUUGAAAAGGCUUGUUUUGAAGGGGAUCUAAUAGCUGAUGUGUCCGUUGACCGGUGUAUGUUGUCCUUAAGUCUCUCACUUUGA